AAUAGGGUGAUACUAUAAAUUGAUAAUACCCGGAGGGAAAAAACUGAACAAGGUUGAUGAAUAUCAGAUAAGUGUUUACAAAAUCCUAACUUCUCUCUGCUUCAGUGAUGAACGUUGCUAGGAAAAGUGAGUCAGAGGUAGAGACUAUGGAGAAAAAUGAGGAGGCAGAGAUUAAGUAUAGAGGGUGGAAAGUGAUGCCCUUUAUCAUUGGGAAUGAAACUUUUGAGAAGCUGGGAACCAUUGGUACCUUAGCCAAUCUCUUAGUCUAUCUCACAACUGUUUUCAACUUGGACAGUAUCACAGCAACAAAUAUUAUCAACAUCUUCAAUGGCAGUGCCAGUUUAUCCACCUUGAUUGGGGCUUUUCUCUGUGACACCUAUUUUGGCCGCUACAAGACACUCGGAUUCGCCACAAUUGCUUCCUUUCUGGGGCUACUUAUUAUUCAACUAACAGCAUGGAUUAAGGAAAUGCAUCCAGCUCAGUGUGGAAAAGAUAGCAGCAUAUGCAAAGGUCCAAACACAGGCCAAAUGGCAUUUCUGCUGUCUGCAUUUGCAUUUCUGAUUGUGGGAGCUGCAGGGAUCAGACCUUGUAACUUGGCAUUUGGAGUUGAUCAGUUCAACCCCAAGACUGAGUCAGGAAAAAAGGGAAUAAACAGCUUCUUCAAUUGGUACUUCUUUACCUUCACAUUUGCUCAGAUGAUAUCUCUAUCACUCAUUGUGUACGUACAAGCAAACGUGAGUUGGGCUCUGGGUCUGGGAAUUCCUGCAGCUUUGAUGCUCAUCUCUUGCACACUCUUCUACAUGGGAAGCAACUAUUAUGUCAAAGUUAAAACAAGUGGUCCAGCUCCACUAACAACCAUAGUUCAAGCUAUAGUUGUGGCUGCAAAGAAAAGAAGACUCAAUCUAUCACACUAUCCCUUGGUUUCCCUCUUUGACUAUGUUUCUCCUCACUCUAUUAACUCCAAGCUUCCUCACACUUCUCAGUUCAGGUUCCUUGACAAAGCUGCUAUCAUAACCCCAGAAGAUGGUAUAAACCCUGACGGGUCAGCUUCUGAUCCUUGGAAUCUGUGCAGCAUGCAGCAAGUGGAAGAGUUGAAAUGUUUGAUAAGAGUGAUCCCCAUUUGGGUUGCAGGAGUUUUCUUCUACGUUGCGAUUGUCCAACAGAACACAAUGUUGGUGUUCCAGGCCCUUCAAGCUGAUAGACGCGUUCUCAACAGCAACUUCAAGAUCCCAGCAGCUUCCUACACUAUCUUCCAGAUGCUGACCCUCACCCUCUGGUUACCAAUCUAUGACCGAAUUAUCGUGCCUUCACUCCAAAGGUUGACCAAAAAAGAGGGUGGCAUCACAAUUCUUCAAAGGAUGGGCAUUGGAAUGUUUCUCUCUGCACUAUGUGUAUUUGUGUCUGGUGUGGUGGAAGAGAGGAGAAGGACUAUGGCUUUGACCAAUCCUAUUGGAAGAGAACCAAGAAAAGGUGACAUUUCUUCAAUGCCAGCUCUGUGGUUUAUUCCUCAGUUAGCACUGGCAGGACUGUCUGAUGCAUUUACCCUUGUGGGACAAGUUGAAUUUUUCUACAAACAGUUCCCUGAGAACAUGAAAAGCAUUGCAGCCUCUCUUUUCUUCUGUGGUCUUGCAGGAUCAAGUUAUUUGAGUAGUUUUCUCAUUUCUAUCAUCCAUAAGGUCACAGCUAAAUCUGCAACUGGGAAUUGGUUACCUCAGGAUCUCAACAAGGGGAGAUUGGAUUAUUUUUAUUACGUUAUAACAGCUCUUCAAGUCUUCAAUUUUUGUUACUUUCUACUGUGUGCCAAGUGGUAUAAAUACAAAGGGACUGCUACUACCAGCAGUACUCAUGACCUUCAGCUAGAUCAACUAUCCAAACCAUCUCAAAAGACUCUUAACACUGUCUAAUGCUUUUCUCUUCAUUCUGUACUUUCUGAAUGAUAUCACAAACACUUUAUCAAUUCAGAAUCAUACUCUCUCCUGCCAAGAGAAUAAAGCAGGCUUUCCUUUAGCUUUGGAUUUCGAAAUAGUUUUACUGUAAACCUGCUUAAGGUAGCUAUGAAAUUUGAAAGGCUUAAAUGUUUUUAAUA